AUGUUGGCGGUUUUCAGUUAUACCGCCGGCCUGUCUCUCUUCAUCUUCAACCUUUUGUUUCUCCCAUGUUUCUCAAUUAGGGUUCUUCCUCCAACAGACACGUGGAGGGUUUUCGACAAGUUUCAUGAUGCAGAAAAAGGAACCCAUGUCGCCGGCAUGUCGGAGCUGAAGAAAUACUUCCAUAGAUUCGGUUAUCUUGAAAGUAAGAAUUUUUCUGAUUUUUUCGAUGACCCUUUUGAAUCCGCUGUUGUUUUAUACCAGAAAAAUCUCGGUUUGAAAGUCACCGGAAAACUCGAUUCCGACACCGUUAAUCAGAUCAUAUCUCCUAGAUGCGGUGUCUCCGACCAAGUUCAUAAUCAUAAGUUACACGUGACACGUCACUAUUCAUUUUUCUACGGUCAGCCUAGAUGGGUUAAACCCGACCCGAUUAGUUUAACCUAUGCUUUCUCUCCUAGUAACAUGAUUGAAUACAUACCCGAAUCCGAUAUCAUGACCGCUUUCGAACGCGCGUUUUCGCGAUGGGCUGCUGUGAUUCCUGUCAACUUUACGUUGACCCGCGAUUAUUCAUCAGCGGAUAUAAAGAUCGGGUUUUACUCGGGCGAUCAUGGCGAUGGGGAACCGUUUGAUGGUGUUCUUGGAAUACUAGCACAUGCGUUUUCGCCAGAGAAUGGUAGAUUGCAUUUUGAUUCGUCUGAGAUUUGGGCGGUUGAUAUGAAGAGACAGAAAUCGAGAGUUGCGGUUGAUUUGGAAUCGGUUGCGACUCAUGAAAUUGGACAUAUACUCGGGUUGGCUCAUUCUUCGGUUAAGGAAGCGAUUAUGUAUCCGAGUUUGAGUCCGAGACAAAAGAAAGUUGAAUUGAGAAUUGAUGAUGUAAAUGGAGUUCAAUUAUUAUAUGGGUCAAACCCGAAUUUUCAAAUAAGUUCUUUGUUGGAAUCAGACACGUCUUUAAGUUGGGCCGUUAGAUUGGAUGUUAGAUAUUCCUCAUUUGUGGGGGCAAUUUUAAUUGCAAUUGUUCUUUUAUGAUGUUUCAGUUUUAGGUAGUUUAUUUAAAAAUUCCUUCCUAUUAUUUUUUUUGGGAAGUUGAAUAUAUUACUUGUAUAUCUUGUAUAAGUUUAAGGAUAUAAAUGAAUUUUAUACCAAAAGUUAUAGGCC